ACCCCCGAGUGGCUGCGUCCCCUGGGCCACCUAACCUAUUUGUGGUUUCCUCUGCCUGAGCUCAGCCAUGGCCAGCGAGAGCUCCCCUCUGCUGGCCUACCGGCUCCUGGGGGAUGAGGGGGCUGCCUUCCCUGCCAAUGGGGCCGGGAGUCCUGGAGGGGCAUCUGCCCGGAAGCUCUCCACCUUCCUGGGUGUGGUGGUGCCUACUGUCCUAUCCAUGUUCAGUAUAGUUGUCUUCAUGAGGAUUGGGUUCGUGGUGGGCCAUGCUGGGCUGCUGCAGGCCUUGGCCAUGCUGCUGGUUGCCUACUUCAUCCUGGCGCUCACCGUGCUCUCUGUCUGUGCCAUCGCUACCAACGGAGCUGUGCGAGGGGGUGGAGCCUACUUCAUGAUCAGUCGGACUCUGGGACCUGAGGUCGGGGGCAGCAUUGGCCUCAUGUUCUACCUGGCCAACGUCUGUGGCUGUGCUGUUUCACUGCUGGGGCUGGUGGAAGCUGUGCUCGAUGUCUUCGGGGCUGAUGCCACAGGGCCCCUUGGGCUCCGGGUCCUGCCCCAGGGCUACGGCUGGAACCUGCUCUAUGGCUCCCUGCUGCUGGGCCUGGUGGGUGGGGUCUGCACGUUGGGAGCUAACCUCUAUGCCCGUGCCUCCUUCCUUACAUUCCUGCUGGUCUCCGGCUCCCUGGCCUCGGUGCUGGUCAGCUUUGUGGCUGUGGGGCCCAGGGUCAUCCCCUUGACUCCUCGGCCUGGCCCCAACGGCUCCUCCCUGCCACCCCGGGUUGGUCACUUCACUGGCUUCAACAGCAGCACCCUGAAAGACAACUUGGGUGCUGGCUAUGCCGAGGACUACACCACUGGGGCCAUGAUGACGUUUGCCAGCGUCUUUGCUGUCCUCUUUAAUGGCUGCACGGGCAUCAUGGCUGGGGCCAACAUGUCAGGAGAGCUGAGGGACCCUAGCCGGGCGAUUCCGCUGGGCACGAUUGCUGCUGUCGCCUACACCUUCUUUGUCUAUAUCCUGCUCUUCUUCCUCUCCAGCUUCACCUGUGACAGGACCCUGCUGCAGGAGGACUAUGGGUUCUUCCGUGCCAUUAGCCUGUGGCCCCCACUAGUGUUGAUUGGCAUCUAUGCUACAUCACUGUCAGCAUCCAUGAGCUCACUCAUCGGCGCCUCCCGCAUCCUCCAUGCCCUGGCCCAGGAUGACCUGUUUGGAGUGAUCUUGGCACCGGCCAAGGUCGUGUCCCGAGGGGGAAACCCUUGGGGGGCUGUGCUGUAUUCUUGGGCCCUAGCGCAGCUGAUGCUCCUGGCUGGGAAGCUGAACACACUAGCUGCCGUGGUCACUGUCUUCUACUUGGUGGCCUAUGCUGCAGUAGACUUGUCCUGCCUGAGCCUGGAGUGGGCCUCGGCCCCCAAUUUCCGCCCCACCUUCAGCCUGUUCUCCUGGCACACCUGCCUGCUGGGGGUGGCCUCCUGCCUGCUCAUGAUGUUUCUCAUCAGCCCUGGGGCUGCCGGCGGCUCCCUGCUUCUCAUGGGCCUGCUUUCUGCCCUGCUCACAGCUCGAGGAGGCCCCAGCAGCUGGGGCUAUGUCAGCCAGGCCUUACUUUUCCAUCAGGUGCGGAAGUACCUGCUCCGCCUGGACGUCCGGAAGGACCAUGUGAAGUUCUGGCGGCCUCAGCUGCUGCUCCUGGUGGGGAACCCCCGGGGUGCCCUGCCUCUGCUGCGGUUGGCCAACCAGCUCAAGAAGGGGGGUCUCUACGUGCUGGGCCACGUCACCCUGGGAGACCUUGACUCCCUGCCCUCGGACCCCGUGCAGCCCCAAUACGGGGCAUGGCUGAGCCUGGUAGACCGCGCCCAAGUGAAGGCCUUCGUGGACCUCACCCUCUCGCCCUCCGUGCGCCAGGGGGCUCAGCAUCUGCUGCGAAUCUCGGGCCUUGGUGGCAUGAAGCCCAACACGUUGGUUCUGGGUUUCUACGAUGACGCUCCGCCGCAGGACCAUUUCCUGACAGACCCGGCUUUCUCUGAGCCUGAGGACAGCACCAGGGAGGGUGGGGCCCCAGCCCUGAGCACCCUGUUCCCUCCACCCCGGGCUCCUGGGAGCCCCCGGGCUCUCAGUCCCCAGGACUAUGUGGCCACUGUGGCAGAUGCCCUCAAGAUGAACAAGAAUGUGGUUCUGGCCCGGGCCUGCGGGGCCUUGCCCCCGGAACGGCUAAGCCGGGGGUCUGGGGGCACCUCUCAGCUGCAUCACGUGGACGUGUGGCCCCUCAACCUUCUGCGGCCCCGCGGUGGGCCCGGCUACGUGGAUGUCUGUGGCCUCUUCCUGCUGCAGAUGGCAACCAUCUUGGGCAUGGUGCCUGCUUGGCACAGUGCCCAGCUCCGAAUCUUCCUGUGUCUGGGGCCUCGGGAGGCCCCUGGGGCAGCUGAGGGGCGGCUCCGGGCACUGCUGAGCCAACUGAGGAUCCGGGCUGAGGUGCAGGAGGUGGUGUGGGGCGAGGGGGCUGGGGCUGGGGAGCCAGAGGAGGAGGAGGAAGGAGACUUUGUGAACGGCCGGCGGGGAGAGGCUGAGGCAGAGGCCCUGGCAUGCAGCGCCAACGCCCUGGUGCGGGCCCAGCAGGGGCGCAGCUCGGGAGGAGGGCCUGGGGGGCCUGAGGGUGGCGAUGGUGAGGAGGGGCCCGCCACGGCCCUCACUUUCCUGUACUUGCCUCGGCCACCCGCUGAUCCUGCCCGCUACCCCCGCUACCUGGCGCUGCUGGAGACUCUGAGUCGCGACCUGGGUCCCACCCUGCUCAUCCAUGGCGUCACCCCUGUCACUUGCACUGAUCUCUGAGCCCGUUCCUCCAGGGGUGGGUUGAGAGGGCCCAGGCCUGGCGGCUCAUUCUGAUUAGUGGAAAAGGAGGAGAAGCACCGCCUUCCCCUGGCCCUGUGCUUGGGACGUGGAGGCCGGUGGAGGUUUAAAGGGGAUCCUGGGCUCGGGCAUUGCCCUGUCUUCUUUGGUGGAGGGACCCCAGUGCACUAAUGCAGGGUGGCUGUCCCCACCUUGAGGGAGGGAGACCGCAGCCCUCCCCUGGGCCCGCCUCUCCCUUCACUGGUGCCUUGACUGGAGGGGCUGGGUCUCUUCUGUGUCUCUAGGCUACCUCAGUCUCCCCAUCCUGGCCACAGACUCACCGGCCCCCUGGGGGGUGAUGUUUUGUUCUGUUUUAUUUUUCUAACUGCUGACCGUGAAUAAAAGACCAAAACACUA